AUGAAAGUCAACCUCUUCUCGACAUUCCUCAUUUUUGGUCUCUUGACUCACGUCUUUGCUAAUGUAGCGAAGCCUCGCUCCUUCCGUAGUGUCAAGAGAUAUGAAGACGCUAUCUUGAUCUCAAGAGCAGAACCGGCUGAUGGUGGUGCCUCGCCAGGCGGUUCCUCUCCUGGUGCCCAAGGGUCCCAGAACUCUCCUGGUAAAGAUAGCUCUUCUCAGCAGAAGCCCGCUCAACAGCAAGAGAAACCCGCGCAGCAACAGCCAGCUCAGCAACAGCCAGCGCAGCAACAGCCAGCGCAGCAACAGCCAGCGCAGCAACAGCCAGCGCAACAGCAGCCAGCUCAGCAACCCAAGCCCAGUCCUCAACCGAAGCCAGCUGAACAACAAAAGCCUGCAUCAGACCAAAAGCCGGCCCAACAAGAACCAGCUCAGCAACCAAAAGAGACCCCCAAAAACCCCGCCCAGCAAGCGCCGGGGUCGCACCAGACUCAGGGUAAAGUUCCUGAUCAACAACCAAAUCGUCAACCAGCAGCCGGAGGGGAUGGCAAACAAGCCCAAAAAUCACAGAGCCAAGGUCCUGCAGCAGAUCAACCAGCUCGGACAAAGGCGGCGGGAGAACCCAAUGCCGGGAGGCCUACUCAGAAUGCCGAAUCAAAUCAAAAGCCGACAGGUAUGGCGGGUGAUCAAGUAGUAAAGUCCCGGGACCAGCAGGAUGGAAGACCAACAGCUCAAUCAAAUCCAGCCAAGUCACAAGGCGCCCAAAACAAAGCAGGAGACGGCAGCUCAGAGCGUGAGUCUCUACCCACCGGUAAUGGAAGGAGUGGCAAUCAAGCCCAUUCAGCCGUACCUACCAAUGGAAAUGGCGGUGAGCAAAAGGAGCAGCGGACCGAAGGCCACGGCAGUUCAAGGGCCUACCCAACAGGUGGCGCAUUUCAAACAUCAGGAGCAGGAGGUCAAUUCCUUGACCGGGAAGAAAUUGCGAAGCCCACCCAUACAAACGACGGAGGUGUUGGAGACGCUUCUAAUUCAGCAGACCCAAGGGCUUCCGCACUGAAGACCGAUGAACGUGGCCUUGCAGAUCAAACUACACCUGCAGGAGCAGCCAACACAAACUCUGGCAAGGCUGGUAACACUGCAGCUGGACAUUCGCCCACUGGUACGAAUCCUAAAGAGAGCGGCAAUGCCAAAAGUAAGCCGAGUGAAGCUGCUACUCAGACUAAAGGCCAAGGUCAAGAUACAAACUCAAAGCAGACAGCUCAUCCAACAUCUGGACAAGACAAUGAACGGAAAACUUCUGAAGGAGCACAAACGCCUACAGGUCAUCAUACGACUGGGGAUGGAAGUAAUGAGAGUAAGACUCGCUCCGCGGAGAAGGGUGCUUCGACCGAUUCGCGUACAGGUGGUGAUAAAAGCAAAGGGACUCAGACUGGUUCCGCUGACAAGGACAGUCCCACAAGCAAGCCUACUGGACAUCCUACGGGUGAUGCAACAACUGGGAAAGAAGAGAGCGAUUCCCAUCGUGCCACUGGAACUCCGACUGCUGCAGGCAAGAGUGGCGAUCAAACUCGUACAGGCAAAGCUACAAGUCAUCCUACUGGUGAUGCGACAACAGGCAAUGGAGACAAGAGUGGAUCUCAUCAAGCCACUGGGAGCCCGACUGCUGGAUCUGGAGGGAGCAGCGUCUCAUCGGGUGGGGAAGAGCCCACAUCUGGAAGUGAAGGUAAUAGCGGCUCCCACGGUGCAACGCCUAGCCCAACGGCUCGAUCUGGAGGGAGCAGCGUCUCUGCGGGUGGGGAAGAGCCCACAUCUGGAGAUGGAGGUAAUAGCGGGCAAUCUGCCACACCUACACCUGCACCAGGAAGCAACAGUCAAUAUCCCAAUGGAGACACCCAUGUUUGGGCUCGAAGUGCUACAGUCUUUUCUGACAUAGGACUUCCUUCUGCAACUAUUCCAAGAGCUUCAGCUAUCCCGUCCCAGUCGAUAGACGGCCCACUUCCUACCAAUUCCUGCAGUGGAGUCGCCAAACAAAAGCAAGCCCUUAGAGAUCAAGGCGGUACGGAUGAAGACUACGCCAUCUCCUCAAUGGAGAAUUUCGGCGAUAAUUGUGGCUACGAUCAAAUCCAGCCUGCUAGUACGGACAAUAAAACCGGUGAUUCCAUGAAUUGCGGCCCUUUCAGGAAUAAUGUUGGUACUAUCAAAAAGGCUUGUACCGACGUCACUGCAGGUGGCGCAUCGGAUGACGAGAUUUGUGAUCGUCUCAAGGAUACCACAACGGCCCUGAAUUGCCAGCACGCACAGAUCGAUAAAUGGGGUCAAGAGGGGUUUUACCAGAUGCAGAGAUGUGGCCACAUGUGUUCUACCGAUACAAGCGAUCAGCAAAACUACCAGUGUGUCCUUGGUGAUGAUGGCAAACCCAAACCGGGGACGGGAACUUGCCAGGACGAGACCAACGCUUAUAACGCUGCAAUCGAUCAUGUCACUAAUUUUGCAAAUCAGAAUCCAAAUAAUGAUCUCUCGGGUGGAUAUUAUUUGCAUCCGAUAUGA